AUGGCGUCACAACUCCUCCCUCUGGAACUCAUCGACAAGUGCGUUGGAUCGAGAAUUUGGGUUGUCAUGAAGGGCGACAAGGUGGGACGGACAGAGUUCAGCGGCACGCUCCUCGGGUUCGAUGACUACGCCAGCGACUACUCAGGAAACCACACGAAGCUGCCUAAGAUCCUUCUGAACGGCAACAACAUCUGCAUGGUAUGGUUCCCGUAUCUCUUGUUUCUUGGCUUUACGGCACUGACAGAGACCAGCUUAUUCCUGGAGGAGAGGGACCGGUGA